CGCGGCGAUGGGGGAAGGCGCGUCGGGGCCGCCUCCAUCUUUCCGGACCCAGCGACUGGCGGGCGAGGCGGUGGCGGCGAUGAUGAUGAUGGCGAUCAUGGCACAAAGGGGCGGCCCCGCUCGCCGGCUCCCCGGCCCGUCGCACUGAGAGGAGGAAAGGCAGCCGGAGGACCGGGGGAGAGCCGGCCGACCUGGCCGUGAUCUCCUUUUGGAUGACCAAUGUGUAUCUCCAAUGAUGAUGUUGGAAACUAAACCAACCAUUUCUCGUCCAUUCCGGUGGUUACAAACUCAUACAAUGCAAAGGCUGCAAUUCAGGAUCCAAAAAACAUUGCUUUUAAAACUGUCUAGAUGAUUGUUGUUGCUUUGGUUGUGUUCUAUGCGAGCAGAAGCCUUCUCCAGGGUUUACAGCUGACCCUCGAGCGGCACAUUCCUUGUUUGCUGCAAACCUUGGGGGCUAGCAACAUGGGCAAUUCCUGUGUUUGUCGAGAGGACAGUGGGGCAGAAGACAAUGCGGAAUCCAGGAGUCGCCAGGCAGAGAGCAGCCGAAUACCUGCAUCUGAAACAAGGAGCCAUCUGAGGGACCCAGUAAGGCCCCCUCGACGGGGACGGGGGCCACAUGAACCAAGGAGGAAGAAACAUAAUGUAGAUGGAUUAGUACUUGACACACUAGCAGUAAUUCGGACACUGGUAGACAAUGAUCAGGAACCUCCUUAUUCAAUGAUGACAUUGCAUGAAAUGGCAGAAACAGAUGAUGGCUGGCUGGAAGUUGUCCAAUCCUUAAUUAGAGUUAUUCCAUUAGAAGAUCCUUUGGGACCAGCUGUUAUAACUUUACUAUUGGAUGAGUGUCCGUUGCCAACAAAAGAUGCACUGACGAAGUUAACAGAAAUCCUGAGUUUAAAUGGAGCCGUUGCUCGCCAGGAUGCCUGUCAUCCUGCCAAACAUCGGAACACAACCGCAGUCCUAGGCUGUUUGGCAGAAAAGCUUGCUGGCCCAGCAAGUGUAGGUUUACUCAGCCCGGGAAUCCUGGAAUACUUAUUGCAGAGCUUGGAUUUCCAGUCCCACCCAACAGUAAUGCUUUUUGCACUAAUAGCCCUGGAAAAGUUUGCACAAACAAGUGAAAACAAAAUGACGGUUUCUGACACGUGCAUCAGUGACCAGCUUGCCUUGCUAGAAAAAUGGACAGAUAAUCCGGACUACUUAAAGCGCCAAGUUGGAUUCUGUGCCCAGUGGAGUUUAGACAAUCUAUUCUUGAAAGAAGGCAGACAGUUUACAUAUGAGAAAGUUGACUUGACCAACAUAAAGGCCAUGCUGAAUAGUAAUGAUGUUAGUGAAUACCUUAAGAUCUCGCCACAUGGGUUGGAGGCCCGGUGUGACGCCUCAUCUUUUGAAAGCGUCCGAUGUACCUUCUGUGUGGAUUCCGGGGUUUGGUAUUAUGAAGUCAUGGUCAUAACCUCUGGAGUUAUGCAGAUAGGAUGGGCCACCAAAGACAGCAAAUUUCUCAAUCAUGAAGGUUAUGGUAUUGGGGACGAUGAGUACUCCUGUGCAUAUGACGGCUGCCGGCAGCUGAUUUGGUAUAAUGCCAGAAGUAAACCGCAUUCUCACCCAUGCUGGAAGGAAGGUGACACAAUAGGAUUUUUGCUAGACCUGCAAGACAAGAAAAUGAUUUUUUAUUUAAAUGGAAACCAGCUUCCUGCUGAGAAGCAAGUCUUCUCUUCUGCUGUGUCUGGCUUCUUUGCAGCAGCUAGUUUCAUGUCUUAUCAACAGUGUGAAUUCAACUUCGGAGCAAAGCCUUUCAAAUAUCCACCAUCAGCUAAAUUUAGCACCUUUAAUGAUCAUGCCUUCCUGACAGCAGACGAGAAAAUAAUUUUACCAAGACAUCGGCGCCUGGCCUUGUUAAAGCAAGUAAGCAUCCGAGAAAACUGCUGCACCCUCUGCUGCGAUGAAAUAGCAGACACAGAACUCAGGCCAUGUGGACACAGUGACCUGUGCAUGGAGUGUGCCUUGCAACUGGAAACCUGCCCCUUGUGUCGACAAGAAAUACAAACCCGAGUCCGACAGAUUGCCCACAUUUCAUGACACGUGGGGAACUUGAUCCCAGGGACUUGCCUCCAAUCCAUUCUAGCUAGUGCCAGAAAGGACAAAGGCACCCCCGAACCAGUCCACACAUGUGCUGAAGGCCCAGUCGUGGCCCGCUCUCAAGCUGAACAGUUGCCUGUUUCACCUAAGAUGGAAGCCUGUUAACUCUCUCCACUGUCUCAGCCAUGGAUUAUUAUUUUUUAGCAGUAGUGAAAGCUGGUGGUACAACACGAGUUACUGGUUUGUCUCCAGCGAAGACCACUGGAGAGUCUCUCUCACAUUCUCUUUCCCUCCCUUAUUUCUCCCCACCACCCUUCUCCUGCCCCCUUCCCCUUUCUUAUCGUGUGCUGAAGAUUUUGCACUGGAAACAUAUGGUUUAUAAUCUCCUAUAAUGGGAACAUAUCAGUCUCUAAAACCUUUUAUUUUUGGCAGCCGAUGGUCGUCUAAAACAAAACGCCAAUAUUUCUUGGUCAAUGUAGCUUCCUGCUGGUCAGAGACCCUCUGUAUUUUUGGACAGUUAAUAUGAAAAUGUUCAAAGACUUGAAAUCUACAUGAAGAAACCAAUUUGUAAAGAAGGCAUGGAGUCUAUAGAAGAAUCCAAAUUUUUUUGAUAACUCAGUGAUUCCAAAGAACAUUCUUUUCUUUUCUUUUUUACUGCAGAAAAUUGGUGGUAUUUUCAUUCAUAGUGUUUCUUACUUCAAUUUCAGUACCUACAUUUUUUGUGAAAGUAAACUAAUUUUCAGGAGGAAUUCUUACCAUAUCUGCAGUGCUGGACUAGAAAGAGUUUGAUAUUCUGAGUGUUUUUAAGGUACCGCUGGUCAUUGCUUUUAAAAAAUUCAGUAUUGGUUCUUGCAAGUUCUGUAUGUUUUUAAGAAUACUGAGAUCUGGAAAGAACAUGGAGCAAACAUGUUAAUAUUGUUUUGAAAGAAAUAUAUGUUAUUUGAAUAGCA